UAUGUUAUUAAUAAAAAAGAACUGACGUGAAACACUGCCGGUUAUAGAUACAGUUUCUUUAAUUUUACGAUUAUACUAUUGAUAAUUAAUCUUAUUUUUGAAAGACUACUAUGUUUAAUCGUAAAUUAAAAGCUCUAGGAUAUUUGGAAUGGGAUAAAGUCAAUGGAAACAAUAUCGAACAUUUUCGUAAGGUUGUCAUAUGGUUGGAAGAUCAAAAAAUUAGACUUUAUACAAUUGAAAAACGCAAUGAUUUACGAAAUAUUAAAUCUGAUAAAUGGCCAGAAGUCUUCCAAAAAUAUUGUAAGGAUAUAAAUUGUCCAGUAACAACUAAUCCUCUUGAUCAGCUGGAAUGGCUCAUAGGACGCGCUAUCAAUUUAGAAUACGCAGAUGAUUGUAAAAAAUACCAAGAAAUUACUGGAAAUAAGAAAAAUAGACAAGAAUCUAUAAUACCGAGUCUAAAAUCAUCAAAUCCAUUAGAUAAUUUAGAUUUUUACAGCAAUGAAUUUAAAAAUGGUGUCAAUGCUAUAGCCAAACUCUUAAAUAUUCCAAAACAUUCUAGUCAUCUUACUACGCUUGAAGCUUGUAGCAAACUUGUAUGUAAUCGAUUAAAUGCAGCAGCAAUUGCAAAUCCUAAUACUAUUAUUGUAAAAGGCAAGCCAUUUCCAAUAAUGGAUACUAAAUCUGGUAUCAGUUUAGGCGAUGUGGUUCUAGAUAAUGCUGCAAAAGGUUUAACAUUGUUAUACAUUCAUGAUUUGAGGAAUCUGCAAACAAAAAUUAAUGAACUGAUUGUUUCUGUACAAAAUGUUACAGCUAAUCCUAAAACUGAUACUAAAUUAGGAAAAGUUGGAAAAUAAGGUGCAUUAUAUGUAAAUUUUCUUAUAUAAUGUACACAAUAUCGAUCUAUUUAUACCUAAUAGACUGUAAUAUCUAAUAUACGCUUUAUUAAUGUGAUUAAUAACACGUUAUGAAAUCAAUUCGUUAUAGAUAUUAAUGAGUAUAUGAGUUGUAUACAUUAUAGGCUUUUCUAGAAUGAUAUAUUCUGAAAAAUAUUAUGUAGUGUAUAUCUUGUUUAGUACGACGUGAAUAUACAAUUGAGUAGUAAUUAUUUAAUUAAACUCUAAAUAUAUAUUUACAAAAAGUCUUUUAUUAUUGAUAUUGUAUUUAAAUAAAGAAUACUACUUG